GGGGCCGAGCCAGGGCUUGGACUUGGGCCUGGGGCCGUGGGUGGGCUCUGGCCUCGGCGCUCUCCAGCUGCUCGGCAAGCUUCCGCCGGGGCGCGGUCCUCCUUCCUCCCUCCACGGCGCCGUGCGGCCCGCCCGGUCUCCGGUACGCCCCGCCACACUGUCACGGAGCUCAAGCCUGGGACAAUGGUGUGCAUUCCAUGUAUCGUCAUUCCAGUUCUGCUCUGGAUCUACAAGAAAUUCCUGGAGCCAUACAUAUACCCUCUGAUCUCUCCUUUUGUUAGUCGUAUGUGGCCUAAAAAAGCUGUACAAGAAUCCAAUGAGAAAAAUAAAGGCAAAGUAGACUGUAAGGGUGCAGACAUAAAUGGAUUACCCACAAAAGGACCAAUAGAAGUCUCUGAUAAAAAGAAAGACUAACACAGUUUCCCAAAGGGUCUCAUUGUUCCUAAAAUGGACCUGAUGAUCUGAAGCACCUUCUUUGUAAUUGUCUCUGACCUUUUUCCCUGAGGCUAGAAUCCGGAAUAGGUACUCUGGAUAUUUACCUGACAUUAAGCAGCAGUACAUGGUAUUUAUAUUUAGAUGUAUUUAGUUCUAUUUAAUGACCUCAUUCCUGAGUUCUCUUUUCAUUAAAGUAGGUUUCAUCUGUUAUUUCUGUUUUAAUUAUAUGAAUAAAUAGAAGGUUUGUGCCAGUAGAUACCUCAUUACUAAGUUAGUACUAAAUUAGUACUUUGUUACUCAUCAGUACCUUGGGCCCCAAGCAUUCAUUCACAGGAAUUUGACUGCUGUUUGUUCUCAUUUCUUUGGGUUCUUGUCAUUUAAAUGGAGUGUGGUUCUACUAAGAAGUACUGUGUCAUGAAAUAAAGGGUUAAGGUUUUGGAGAUGAUAACGUGAAACAGAUAUAAUUAUGUUCUACCAGUGGAGUGGCUUAUUUGUGAGAGUAGUAAUUAUUGCGCUGAGAAAGAUAGAAAAGACAGCAAAAUAGGGGAAAUUCUUUGAAAUGCAAAACAUCUUUUACAUGAAUGUCUAAUGUAUAUAAUAAAACUAUAAUCUUUAUUGCAUUCCUUCUAUUCCUACAAAUGUAUUAAA